AUGGGAAGUACAACAAGCAAGUGCAUUUCUAACUCACUGCACGUGAUAAAAGUAAGAAGCCAGUCAGCCGCUGACAGGUACGGAAUACUUCCAGUGCUUCAUUAUAUAGUAGAAAUCAAUGGACAAAGCAUAUCCAGUGAAAAGGAUAUACUAAGAAUAACCGAGUCAUGGGAGACUGGGAAGGUACAGCUGCUUAUGUAUGAUGUCCGGUCAAAGAAAGAGUUCUUAUUGGAUAUGGUUAGGGAGAAUGGGGAGAAAAUUGGAUUUAGCAUUAAAUUCCAUAAGGGUGAGAGAGCUCCAUAUACAUUCCGUGUUUUGGAUGUGGAGUAUAACUCACCUGCCUUGGAGUCUGGGCUAAGAAAGGAUGAGGAUUAUAUCAUAGGGCAUGGUAAUGGAGGGUUCUCUUGGGAGAAUGAGUUUGAGAAUAUGCUGAUAAACCACAAAGGAGGGCCUGUGGCUUUACUGGUGUAUAACAUAGGAAUGCUAAGCAUAAGAAAGGUGGAGAUAUAUCCUACACUAGAUGGAGAGAUUGGGUGCAGCUUAGGAGGUGGCAUACUCAAUGAAGUGCCAUAUACAGAUGCAAGCAUAGAUUUAGUGGAGGAAGUAGUAAAGCCUAACCGCACUGCUAAAUGUAUUUCACCAGCCAUGCCUAUGGCUGUGUAUACAGAGGCAGUUUCUGGCGGGAAUGAACAGUCAGUGCAAGAAACAGUGCAACAACCGUUACAGGAAACAAAUAAGCAGCCAUUGCAGAGAACAGUGCAACCUCCACUGCAAGAAGCAGUAAAUACCAAUUCUGCACAAGGCACGCCAGAGGCAGAAGAUACAGAAAGUGUAACAGAUGCUGUAACAGCAGAAAGUAGUUUACAAGAAAGUGGCAUGAAUGUGCCUAUAGCAUACUCAGAAGAAACAAACGAAUAUACUAUUGGUGGCAUUCCCACUGAGACUGCUUUAGCAGAGAAAGUGCAGGAUAUGCAGAUACAGAGUACUGAGUCUGGCCAAAGAAUGUAUGAGUGUGAGGUGAAUAGUGAAUUCCCUUUAGAUGCACAGCAGGGCAUGACUGAUGAAAUAGCAGAUGAACUAAACUCUGAAAUACGAGGAAAGAUGCUAGAAGAAGAGCUGCACCAAUCUUUAUAUGAAACAAUGCCCACUGAUGAAGUAUCUGAUGGUUUCAAAUGUCAAGCGUUAGAAGAUGAACCAGUUUCUUCCCCAACGGUAGAUCACAUUUCAAGAAUAUCUAGUUCGGAUUACAAAGAUAUUUUAGAGAACUACCAGAUGGAGAGCACGCAAGACAACUCGAUUACUGCCCCGUAUGAAUACAAUACAUCUGCGAACCUGGCAUCAAAUAUGCUAAAUGGGCAGGGUACAGAAAUGUAUGACUAUAUAAACGCACCGACUAUAAACCAAGCAGAGUACACUGCAAAUAAUGUGCCAUAUGAAUAUGUGAAAUAUAAAGAAUAUGAUUCCCGACCUGCACCAUACACUGAGCAAGUAGAGAGAACACAGUCGCGCUAUUCUAAAUAUACACCGUCGCCAGAAAGGCCUAGAGAGCAGCCUCCGCUAUAUGCAGAUAAAUCACAGAUGUAUGAGCAGCCGCCCACGCCAGACUAUACGCAGGGCUGGAAUAACUUUGAAAGAAGCUACACUGUAGACAACUCACCAGAUGAGUUGGAAGAGUACGGCCGGCCAGCACAAAAUCGAGAGAUUGAAUAUGAGCAGCCUCCACUGUAUAGUAAAUACGACCCGAGAGAUGGCAUGGCGUAUGAAUACUCACCUUUCAAUAAUCAGAAAGAAGAGUAUUAUGAAGAAAAAGCAACUAAAAGCAGAGACAACCAUGAGAAAUCACCCACAAACCAUGCUGUAUACGAAAAAGUGUCUACACAUACAGAGUAUAAAAAGCCCGAUAGCCAUUCAGAUAGCACAAAGAAGAAAUCCUCUACACAUGAAGAAAAAUCCGAGAAAUCUCAUAAAGAUGGUGAAAAAAUAACAUCUACUGUUGUGCAUCACAAGAGGAUAGAAGAUUCCCACGAGAAGCCUAUAAAGGAAACAGUCAGGGAAACCGUGAAAGAGUAUGCUCCACCCGAAAAACCCCAUCCUAAAGAAAAGCCAACUACAGUAAUCAAUCAAGCAUAUAAUGAGUAUAAUUUCCCACCGCAUGAUCCCAAAGAGGCACCUGCUCCAAAUACAUUCUAUCCCUCUGAAUUUGAUGAAAGCGUGCCAGGACCUCUUGCAGGGUACAUCCCAAGCCAGCAGGCAUACAAUAUGCUAAAUGGCGGACCUGCUCCAGGUGAUGUCCGUGUGUAUCCAAGAGAAGAAGCCUUACAAGAGCCACUAGUAGGAAAUCCUUCAGAGAAAAAAAAUAAGCGAGACCCUUUCUACCUGCAGCCAGGAGAUGCUGGGUAUACCACAGAUGAUUUUUUUAAGUAGUUCUUAAAUAGCUAGAAAGAUUUUAAUCUUUUCUAAUUAUAACCGCU